AUGAGUCACAGAAGUAUACAUUACACAGUUUGCCUUGCAGUGCUCAUACUUUCUGCCCAUGCAAGAGAAAUAACGCAAGCCACAAAACUGACAGAUUAUGACUCAACUACAGAGACUAGUGAAGAAAAAUCAAUAUUUAAUGAAAAUUCAGAGGACAAGACCGUUGUAGACGCUUCAUCUAGUAAUCGAGAAAAUGGUAUCAGCAGGGCUUUGAAUGUUGUUAAUAGAAAAAUGCCUGGACCAGCCAUAGAGGUUUGUCAACAUGAUAGAAUUAUUGUGGAUGUAGAGAACGAUUUGAUGACUGAAGGCACCACAGUACAUUGGCAUGGACAACACCAAAGGGGAAGUCCUUACAUGGACGGAACUCCUUACGUCACGCAGUGUCCAAUUUUACCUGAGUCGACAUUUAGGUAUCAGUUUAAUGCAUCUCAUGCUGGAACACAUUUCUGGCAUUCCCACUCAGGCAUGCAGAGAGCCGAUGGCGCUGCCGGUGCCUUAAUCAUCAGGAAACCCAAGUCUCAGGAUCCUCAUGGGAAACUGUAUGAUUAUGAUAAAUCAGAACAUGUGAUGAUCGUCACAGAUUGGAUUCACGAGCUGUCGGUGUCGAUGUUCACUGACCACCACCAUUCUGUCGGGGACAACAAGCCUCCCACGUUGCUAAUUAACGGCGUCGGACGAUUUAGAAUAUUUAACGAAACGACGGGGCCUAAGUACAUGAAGGCAGCUACGUUUGACGUUGAAAAGGGCUACAAAUAUCGUUUCCGAGUGAUCAACGCUGAGUUCCUGAACUGUCCCAUUGAACUUUCUGUAGACGGCCACAAUAUAACUGUGAUCGCAUCAGACGGCUACGACCUGGAACCAAUCACAGCCACAUCUUUGGUGACGUACGCCGGGGAACGAUAUGAUUUCGUUCUUGAAGCCAACAACGAGAUUGAUAAUUAUUGGAUUCGAUUCCGUGGUUUGAUGGAUUGCGAUGAAAGGUUUACCAAAGCGAAACAAGUCGGGGUGUUGCAUUAUGAAGGCGCCUUGAACGCAGAGCCAUCGGGUGAUCCCACGUGGGAGGAAUUGCAUAAUGAAGGUUUGCAAUUGAAUGCAUUGAAUAAAGGCGAAGAAGAAAACGAAACGAUAAGCGUUGCUGAAAUGAAAUCGCUAGAAGGCUACGACGAUAGUUUGAAAGAAAUUGCGGACUAUCAGUUUUACGUGGCGUAUGAUUUCUACGCCAAGAACAAUUCUCACUUCCACCGUUCACCGUAUUAUGGAUAUUACCAAGUGCCAAACAAAGAUAAUCGCCUGUAUACACCUCAACUCAAUCACAUAAGUAUGAAGAUGCCAUCAAGCCCGCUUCUAAUUGACCGGCCCUCCCCCGAAAACUUCUGCAAUGCCUCUAGCCUCAACGAAACUUGCAAAGAGGGAUACUGCGAAUGCCCCCACGUUCUGUCAGUUAGGAAGAAUGCUGUUGUCGAGAUCAUUAUUGUCGACGAAGGUGUCACGUUUGACGCAAAUCACCCAUUUCACUUACACGGCCACUUCUUUAGGGUUGUGGGAAUGAGACGCCUAGCUAACGACACUACCAUCGAGGAAAUCAAGGAGUUCGACAGAGCAGGGCUGUUGAAGCGGAAUUUGAAAAAUGCCCCGUUAAAGGACACGGUAACGGUUCCCGACGGCGGCUACACCGUUAUCAGAUUCAAAGCCGACAACCCUGGCUACUGGCUGUUCCAUUGCCACAUAGAGUUCCAUGUUGAAGUGGGCAUGGCUUUGGUGUUCAAAGUGGGCGAACACAAGGACAUGGCACCAGUGCCGCCCGAGUUUCCGAGAUGUGGCAGUUACAUGCCGGACAACAUGCUUGAACACGCCACCACGGAGAAACCCAAAACAGACGGUCAACAUAUAUCCAUAACGCAUUGGUGGCCAGUUGUCGUUAUGAAUAAUAACGGUACGUCAUCCGCGAGCAGCUUGAGCUCCAUUUGCGGAUUAGUUUUCGUUUCCAGUAUUUGGUUUUUAAAAUUUGUCAUUGGCACG